UAGCUAGCUAUUUCUCAGCGCCAUCUUGUUGCAACUCCUCUACGUAGGUGGAAGAGUUUCUAGCUACGAGGGGUGUCCAGUUUUAGUGACAGACAGACUGGACCCUUAGACUGGGGGAAAAGUGCAUAGUCUGUAACAUUUGAAUUGUUUUGCUCGUGAAAUUGUUUCCAAAACGGAGGAGAAUGAGCAUCGAGACGCUUUUAGAAGCAGCCAAGUUUUUGGAAUUGCAAGCCCAGCAACAACAGAAAACACGUGAGGAGAAUGAGCUGAGGGAGAAACUUCGCCUAGAACAGCUGUCUGAUCACACCCAUAGGCCCAGUGAUGUCACAUCUUACUCCUCCCCAGUCCGGAUAAACCAUGUGACCCGUGCGGAAGUGCUCGGCCCCAACUUGGAGCCCCACGGCACCCCUGUUCCACCCCCAUUGCCUUCCCCGUCCGUAUUCACCACUGUGAUACCUGUCCCCAUGCUGACCUCAAACCACACAGGCCUGCCCCCCACUGUCCCAACCCCGUCUUCCAGCGUUCUGUCCCCCCAGCGGGGGGCCGCACCGGACAUAACCUCCCACAGGAGGGAACCUUACGCCCCAGUGCAGGACCACCAAAGACCGGGUGCCCCUCUGGCUCUCUCCCCUCAGGUCACAUCCCACCACUUGCCUCUGGCCCCACCUGGGAACCACAAGCAAAAUCACCACCAUCUACCGCAAAUGGUUUCCCCCCAAUCUGGCAACCAUAAACUGCAGCAGAAGCAGCAUCCGCAGGCCCCCCAGCAGCCCCACCAUGGCCCCAUCGUCUCCACCCCCCAACAGCCUGCCCUACUCCCUCAGCCAUUGCCCCUGCAGAUGCCCCGUGGGGGCCAGUCCAGCCCUGUUGGGGGCCAAGGCAGCCCCCCUGAUCUCGAGGGGAAGAAGAGGCCUGGAGGGGCAGGGACAAGAGAAGUACAUAACAAGCUUGAGAAAAACAGACGUGCCCACCUGAAGGAGUGCUUUGACACCCUGAAGAAGAACAUCCCCAACGCGGAUGAGAAGAAGUCGUCGAACCUCAGUGUGCUGAGGACGGCCCUCAGAUACAUCCAGACGUUGAAACGGAAGGAGAAGGAGUACGAACAUGAGAUGGAAAGAUUGGCGCGGGAGAAAAUCGCUACACAGCAGCGAUUGGCUGACUUGAAAAACGAUCUGAGCCAAUGGAUGAAUGUUAUAGAGAUCGACCGUGUCCUCAGACAGACUGUCCAACCAGAAGACGACCAGGCUUCAACCUCUACUGCCUCAGAGGGUGAAGACAUGGACGAGGAUGUGGAUGAUGAGAAUGUUCCGGCAUCACGGACAGCCUUAACCAGCGUGCCUCAACAAGCCAUGCAGCCUGAGCCGCAAACCACUGUGACCCCCAUCCUCACCCAGCACAUCACCAUGCAACACAACAGCCAAACACCACCCCAACCCCACCCACUAACCUUGUCGGCCCUGCCUGUGUCCGCUACGUUCUCCGCCCCAGCGUCCAGCACUACUGCCACCCCCAUGCAGGCCCUGCUGCCAGCCCACACACACAUCAUAUCCCCCCCCAGUGCGCUCCUCCCAGGCCACGCCCACAUGGUGACGGCCCCCAGCCUCCAGCCCACGGUCAUCGCCCACGCCUCGGCCUCCCACGCCUCUGUCAUCCAGGCGGUCAACCAUGUCAUCCAGGCUUCGUCUGGAGGAGCCAAGCAUGUGGCGCACCUGGCCACCACCACCUCCUCCGCGUCCAUGCAGCUGGCCUCAGGUCACCCCCAGCCCAUUGGACACAUCACUGUCCACCCUGUUAGCCACCUGGGUCAGCACCAUCUGCCCACCAUCUACCCCCAGCCUGUGGCUGUCUCUCAGCCUGCCAUGGUGGGCCACAUCGCCCAUACCCUCACCCAUGCCACCCAGGUUAAUGGCACGUCCCCCAGCCAGGGCACAGCCACCAUCGUGGGCAAGCAGACGGCCGUUGGUGCCCAGAUGGUGACUCAUCACCCCCAGCUGGUGGGCCAGACCAUGCUGAACCCUGUAGCUAUGGUGACCAUGCCCUCAUUCCCUGUUAGCACCCUGAAGCUAGCCUGAACUGCUUUGAAACCAGGCCAGAGCCAUCCUGAAGCUAGCCUGAGAACCAGGCUACAGGUUCAGGUCAGACACAUCCUGAGGUGGCCAGUCAGGUCCAGGUUGGAGACGGACCUCCAAGUCCCGGAGACCCUCGGCCCCAGGGCAGACCACUUGGACAGAAAGUGGAACAGGAGCCAGUUCAAAGCCAUAAGCAGCCCAGAGCUGGGCGGGGCCAAGGAGAUGGAGCCUCGCCCAGAGCAGGGCGGGGCCUAGGAGAUUGAGCCCCACCCAGAGUAGGGGGCCUAGGACUACUAUACUGACUUGUCUUGACCAAUGGAUAGAUUUUAUUCAGUAGUACAAAAUACAUCAUAAAUCACACUACAUGUUUUAAAAUCGUAACCGGGAUAACACUAAGUUAGACUUUCCAUUGUGGUCCCUAAAAAGAAAAAUAUAUAUUUUCAAGAAUUUCAAGGGCUGUGGACAAAGAUCUUCCACAGAGGUGGGCUCAAGUUCUGUCUGACUCAAACGGUCUCCACCUACAACGCUGUGUCUCAGUCCCCGCCUUAUCAAGAGGCGCAGAUGGAGCAGGCUUGUUGUAGCGGGGUUUGUGGUCACCUCCUGCAGGGGGUAAGACAGGAGGGCAGGGGUGGAGCUGUUGCCCAGGGCCCCCCAUUCCCAGCUGCUCUCCGUAGGCUCUGUGGUAAACGUUGUGUAGCACCCAUCUGGGGUGGAGCCAGGCACUGCUACAGCACCAGAAGGAAAAGUCCUUUUUGGAGUGACCACUUGAGAUUCUUCAGCAAGUCUCUGGCAUCUCCAAGCCUCUGCCUGCCACAUUCUUAUUUAAAAUAAACUGGUUAGCUAGUAUUUCAGCAAAAAAGUGGCUUGCAAGUUUUGUUACUCUGUAAAACUAUAUAUAUAUAUAAAAUUUGAUUGAAAAUAUAUAUAUAUUUUACUAAUAAAUAUUUACUAAUAUUGUGCAGGAGACCUCUCUGGGCUGCCUCUGCACCAUGGCAACCAUGAACCCCAUAUGGAAUGCAAGACACAAUGUUGUAUAUUCACUGAUUCACAAGCUGCAUUACUAACUAACUAACCAGAGGCAUUACAGCUCUCAGUAAGGAACAUUCCAAAAAGAAAAAGGAAAAAAAAAA